AUGGCCAUCUACCGAUGCCGGUUGCUGUUCGUCGUUUGUUUUGACUAGCCAACUGUCACGAUGAACUGUUCUGAUGGCAUUUUACUGUCAGUAUGAACGUGCGCGAUUGUGUGUUGUUGUUUACUUCAACGAAAGAAAGGAAUCUAAUUUCAUUACGCAUCACAUAGCCGAAUAAUAGCGCGAUUGAAUAGAACGAGAUGCUGACGUGAAAGUGAUACACCAAAACUCUUAACAUCCGUACCGUCCCGCUUGUUUUGAGCUCUAUUCUCGAAGUUGUACAUCAUAUUCAAUCUACAAUCAUGUCCUUCCUCGGGCUGUUGAGCUACGUUUCACUAUUGGUGCAAAUUUGUUUCGCUACCGUCUCGAUAGCCGCCGGACUGUACUACCUGGCUGAGUUGGUGGAAGAAUACACGGUCAUGGCAAAGAAAGUCAUCAGCUGGAUGGUAGGGAUAACUGCCUCGCUGUAUGUGAUAUUCAUCUUCACGGAAACCUUCUCCUGGACCAUGCUCCUCUGCGGACUCGGAGCACAAGUACUGCAUGGGCUCAUCCUAACCGACUUUCCUUACGUGCGGUUCCUUUCACCGGCAUUUAUCAGCGCAGUACUGCUGUUGGUAGCGAACCAUUAUCUCGCCUUCGUGUAUUUUCAGCUGCAGUAUCACACGUUUACGGAAGUGUUGGCAUAUUUUACACUUUGCCUGUGGCUCGUUCCAUUCGCAUUAUUUGUAUCACUUUCGGCCAACGACAAUGUGCUGCCCACGAGUAAUGAACGAACGCACUUGCUCGGUGGCAAUGACGAUGUGGUAACGAAUUAUUUUUCCAGCCGGAAAAAGAUGGGCCUUCUUUCGUUGUUCAGCUACGCCAAGGAAAGCCUACUGCCCGAGCGCAAUAAGAAAGCUUUUUAAUAUGUGCGUUUAGUUUCCCGUGAUUUCGGACACUUAUCCUGUUUCUGUAAACAUGCAUCCGACUUGUAUAUUAUUUCUAUUUAUUAUGAUACAAAAAACACAAUAUAGGAAUAAUAAUUAAAAAAUAAAUCAAAUACCAGUCAAUUA